AUCACAAGAUGUUUCUGAGAUCCUCCUGCUGAAUCUAGUGUUGAUUGUGUUGUGUCUCCAGUCCAGCAGGAGUCGGUAUGAAGCUCUUUAGUCCGCCGGUAAACUCACUAAACAAAGAAAGAAGAACUCACAGUUUGUUUAGAUGUUCAGCUGCUGCGUCUUUCAUACAUUUAUGUCACUUAUCUGUUUCUAUUCUUGAUGAUUUCCUCUCUUUCAUGACAGCAAACCAAACGUUUUCUCUUUGUUUUGACAAGAGCUUUAAAUAUCCUGUUUCAGGAGUCUUAUUGAGUUUUUGUGUUGAGAUGUUGAAGAUGAGUUUGCAGGUGGAUUUGAUGUGCUGUAAAUCAGUAGGAACUGAUCUGUCCAUGCUGGAUAUUGAUGAUUUGAUGACAGAAAUCUCUCAGCUGAAGAAAGAGGUGGCGUUACUGGAGGCAAAGCUGAGGGAAAGAGGAGAUCCACUGAACGGAGAGGAGCUGGAGAAGGUUUCCUGUCAAUCUUCAGUGUGUGUGACUGAUGGGACCUCCACAGAAUGUCAGGAUUCAGUGUGGAGCAUCAGAGAUCAGAGAUCUGAACAGAGAUCCAGAGACACACAGGACUCAGAGCUCAGCCUCACUUUACUCUGUUAUACUGACACUCAGGAGAGUGUGUGUGACAGUAAUCAGGGUGAUCAAACCUCCACAGAGUCUCUGGCUUCUGAGCAGAUGAUGAUGGAGAUGACAGAAGAAACCACAGUAGAGGAACAACACACUGAUUACAAUAAAAAUCAUGAUGAGGAUGUGUAUUUUAUUGUUUCAGAAAACAGUGAUUCAUCUGCUGGUGGAGAAACGGCUUCUACAUCAAAACAGCGUUUGACAGCAUCUGGUAAAAGAGUGUCACAGUCACGUUUAGUGAGACGUGAGAGAAGAUGCACAGAAAAUAAAUUCUUCAAAUGUAGGAGAUGUGGGUGCAGCUUUUCUACCAAAGAAGAGAAGAAACUUCAUUCAGAAGUGCACAGAAGAGAGGGGUUCCACUGUGAUCAGUGCGGGAAGAUUUUCUCAGCUCCUUCUACUCUACAAAUUCACAUGAGGACACACAGUGGUGAAAAGCCUUUUCAAUGCAGUGAGUGUGACAAGUGUUUCACAACGAAAGGAAGUCUUGUUGCUCAUAAGAGAAUACACACGGGGGAGAAACCAUACAAGUGUCCUCAGUGUGAGAAGGGAUUCAGCUAUGGACCCCAACUUAAGAAACACUUGCGUAUGCACACCAAUGAGAGGCCGUAUCAGUGCGGUGAAUGUGGAAAAACAUUUACGCAGUCAUAUAGUCUACAAUCGCAUCAGAAAACACACUCUGAGGAGAAACCCUAUCGAUGCUCCCACUGUGAUAAACAUUACCGUCAUAAGUCUCAGCUGAUAAUCCAUGAGAGAAUGCACACUGGAGAGAAACCUUACCUCUGCUCUCACUGUGGAAAGAGAUUUUCUGAUCCAGGUGAUUUGAGAGUUCAUGUGAGAGUGCACACGGGAGAAAAGCCUUAUCACUGUAGCGUUUGUGGGAAGAAUUUCAGUAAACAUUAUAACUUAAAAAAGCACCAGAGGACACAUACUGGAGAAAGACCUUACAAAUGCACUCAGUGUGACAAAACAUUUGCCUUCCAAGAUGUCCUGAAAACCCAUCAGAGAGUGCAUACAGGAGAGAAACCUUACAGCUGCUCUAUCUGCGGGGAGAGAUUUGCUUAUUUAACGAGUUUUAAUGCUCAUCAAAAGAGACAUGCUAAAAAACUAGAAUCAUCAUAGCAUGUUUUCAAUGCUCAGUGGAAAAUCUGACUCUUUCAGCCUUUCCAGAAUCAGUAUGUUAAUCUCUGCCAGUAUGGGGCAGAAUCACACUGAGCUUUCUUGUUGGAUUGUGAGUAGAGAUGGAGAGAUUUGAAUACACUGAAUGUAGUUGUGUUGGGGUGAACAGGACAGUUCUAAUAACUGUAGUUAAAGCUGCACUGCGGAUCUUUGUGCUCUCUAGUGACAUCUCUAGUUGAAACUUAACAUUGCAAGAAAUUUUGUGGAAGAACACUUUACGUGAGAUGUGUUUCGCCCCUUCUCAAUGCGCAGAUGAAUCUUGUGAGCUUGGACAUUGCCUGCCUGAAAUUAUCACUCAGAGAUGUUCAGUGCCGGAGUCAUAACAGUCUGUUUUCAUGUUGAUAUUGUCAUUUGAGGAAACAUUUAUAACCAAAAUAUUACUUGCUUUGAGGAUGAUAAACUAUACACUUAUUUACACAUUUUUAAUAAAUUAAUUUCACCGACA